GCUGCUUUCUGACUCGGCCCCGCCUCCGGAAGGGCGGAACGGCAGCGGCUGGCCUGCCGGGGAGGAGAGCUCGCUAUGGCGGAGACCGAAGGAGACCCUGAGGCGGACUUGGAUGCCUUCCUGGACAAGUUCCGGGGGCCCGAGCGCUACGAGGGGGCCCUCAGCCCGGAGAACUGGGAGAAGGAAUUUGAGAAGAUUCCAAUGUUCAUGAAGACAGCCCCUUCUGAAAUAGAUCCUAAGCAGAAUCCUGACCUGGCAUGCCUUCAGUCUAUCAUUUUUGAUGAAGAGCAAACUCUUGAAGAGCAAGCAAAGUCCUAUAAGAAUGAGGGCAAUGAUUACUUCAAGGAAAAGGAUUAUAAGAAGGCCGUGAUAUCAUAUACAGAAGGACUAAACAAGAAAUCUAGUGACCAAGAAUUGAAUGCAGUGCUUCAUACUAACAGAGCUGCAGCCCAGUUUUAUUUGGGCAACUGUCGCUCAGCUCUUGAUGAUGCUAUUGCAGCAAGAAAGCUCAGACCCAGCCACCUCAAAGCAAUAAUAAGAGGAGCUGUGUGCCAUUUGGAACUCAAGCAUUUUUCUGAAGCCAUAACAUGGUGUGAGGAGGGACUGAGAAUAGAUCCCAAAGAAAAGAAACUCCUAGAAACAAGAGCUAAAGCUGACCGACUAAAGCAUACUAAAGAGAGAGAUUUGAGAAAAGCAAGAUUGCAGGAGAAGAAGGAACAGGCUCAGAAAGAUGCUGUAUUCAGAGCUAUCAAGGAGCGCAAUAUCAAAUUGUUGCCAGUAUCUUCUGAGGAUGAAAAUGUAAUAUCAGCAAGUCUGGCUGAGAUGUCUUUAGAUGGAUUUAGCUCACAGAGUGCUACUGGUUCCAAGGUCUGUCUAGAUGAAAAUGGCAGCCUUUCCUGGCCAGUGUUGUUCUUGUAUCCUGAGCAUGGGCAAAGUGAUUUAGUCUCUGCUUUUCAUGAGGAAUCCAGAUUUAUUGACCAUUUAAUGGUCAUGUUUGAAGAGCUACCUCCAUGGGAUACAGAAAGAAAAUAUUAUCCUAGUGAAUUAGAGCUUUAUUAUGAGGAUGAAGAAAGAGAAGAGAUAUACCAGAUAUGCACCCAGUCCACAUUGCUGCAAGCAUUGCAACACCAAAGAUACUUUGUGAAAGCUGGGACUCCUAUAUUUUUGGUUUUGGUAAAAUGUGCUCCUUUCUCUAAAAACUACUUUAGGGGGAAGAAAGUUCACUGGCUUAAGUGAGCAAAUACGAACUUUUUAAAAAAGAACACGAACAGCACAUACUGUGACAAGCAUCCUAGCUUUCUAAACUGGGAACAUCUUGUACAUGUGUGCUUUACUUUUCUACCUUCACAGUGACAAUUGACUAGAACGUGUCCUGCCAGUCCCAUAGGAAGGAAUGUGAAAGACUGCUAACAGAGCUGCAGAACUGGAACUGGCAUUUAUUACAUUUCUGCAUUUUACAAUAUAAUAGUACUAACCUGACUUUCAAACUAAGAAUCUGGUUCUAUUUCUGCUAAUUUAAUAAUGUCCUACCUACGGACCAACCACAGGUGUUGAUUGGCAAUUCUGUAGCUGUAUUUGUUUGUGCGUGUGUGUCAAGUUGCAGCUGAUUUAUGGCGAUCCCGGCGGAGGGCUUUCAAGGCAAGUGAGAAGCAGAAGUGGUUUGCCAUUGCUUUCAUCGGCAGAGUCUUCCUUGGUGCAGACCCUGCUUAGCGUCCAAGAUCUGACAUCAUGCCACCUUCUCUCCCAGCCGCUUGUACCACUAGUUAAAUAUAUUUGAGAGAACAUCUGCCAUACUUUUGUCCAGUCAUACAAGGAGCUAACAGUUCUGUAAUAGGAAAGUCUAAAAUGUUUGGAGACCCUUGUUUACAGCCUCCUCCGCUGUUACUGUCCAGCAGUUUCAUACAGAUCAAAUUUGUGGCACAUCUGUGGCUCUUGAGCAAAGGUAUGUGGCACUCACUGUUGAGAGCUAUUGAAAAUAAAUACUUCUUUAAAGAUGAGAUCCAAUAUAUUAAACAUAUUUAAAACAUG